CUAACACCAACGAAACAAAAAGAAGACAUUAUCUGUCAAAAUAAUCAUUCGUCUUUUUAUGGGCGAUAAUCCUUCGUAUAUCGUUCAAAUUCGAAUUUUAUUGUUUAUAAAAAAAUCUGAUAGACUAUUUUUAGGUAUUUUUCAAACAAAGAAGUCGUCCCAGUUAGCUAUUUCUUCGCGCUAUUUCUUAUUAUGUCUCAGGAAAGUGCGAUAGUGUUCGCAAUAUUUUACGCAUUGUUGUGCUUCUGCAUCGUCUAUCCGUCGACCGAGUUUGUAUCAGCUGGCCUAACCGUUGACCAUGUUUUCUCGUCCACGCUGGGAUCGGAGGCAAUCACUUUCGUGCAGCAUCACAUUCGCCGAACAAGCCUUAAUCUCAUGGUGCAUUCGCUGCUUCCGGCCAUAUACAUCCGAGUUUACUAUAUGCAGUUUGAUGCAGAAAAUGACGACACGAGCGAAAGCAGCGUAGUAAAUUCUCACCCGCUAGUUUGGGCGUUUCUUGUACUUCCGGCUGUGCUCCUGCCAGGACUGGUAGUGGCUGCCAUUUACUACUGGUCGAGAAAUCAGUGGCAAAACCAUCCAAUUGCGAGGCAAUUGGUGAAGUUUGCUAGACCGGAUGACCCUUUUUCAGAUUGGCGAGCAGUGGCUGCCAAUAUAAACGAUGAGUUUCGCAGGGAUGACAAGGUGGUUAUUCGAAUGAAUCCAAUAUCGCGCGUUGUCACGACAGAAAACUGGGUUAUCAAGACAAGCUCAUACUGGAUUAAUAUAGCGCGUCAAGGUGAAACGACUAUGGUGGCUUACAAGAGUGACACACACGAUGUCAGUCAGGACGCUUUUGAAACUGUACAGUACGUUAAUAUUGCAGUGAUACCCCUUCGAAAGGAAAUUAAGGAAUUCUCCAUUCGAAUAAAUGCUUUACACUUUAGAGAGCUACAAGACCGAAUUAACAGUCAAAUAACGGUUUUAUCUAGUGUAAAGUUUCACCGAUCAGUUCUGGAACGUUUUGUAGAUGUUUUCAAAGAUCAAGUUGCACAAAAUCCAACCUACCAGCUGGAGGACAAUUCCAUAAUGGAAAAUUCCGACAAUUGCUUUGCGUGUAUGCAAGCCAGACCAAAUAUCAAAAUUUGCAAAAACUGCCUGGACGUGGAUGAGGUGGGGCAAACCCUCUCAGAGGCACAGCGCUGUCAGUCGUGCAAUUGUCGCCCUAUGUGGUGUAUCGAGUGCGUAGCUAAAUGGUUUGCCUCCAGACAGGAUCAGUCGGAACGAGAAUCUUGGUUGCAGCAAAAGUGUACUUGCCCUAUGUGCCGUGCCCGAUUUUGCGUACUGGACGUGUGCUAUGUACAGCAAAGACAGUAAAUUAUAGUCAACUAUGUGAGCAUGUGUUCUAUACAGUCAAAAAGAAAACCAUAACAAAGUUUUGUUUUAAAUUACCUAAAUUGUUGGGUUUUGAUAAAAUUCAACAGCAUGUUGAUCAAUCAUGAAAUGCUUUGUAUUUUGAAAAAUAAACUAUUUUGUGACGUGUCCUAUUGAAA